ACACGACAGACACGAAGCAUAUACCAGAUCGGAAAACCAUGGUAGGAUUUGAAAUCGGCGACGUUCCGUUCAACCCUGACGGUUGGGGUCCACCGGAAUCCGCCACCUCUGCUGUCUCUAUCCUCAACCAUCCGGUGAAUGUUCCCUUCGCUCCUUUCUCCCGUUCCGACAAACUUGGCCGUAUUGCUGACUGGACCAGAUCCAACUAUAACAAUCCUAAUCGUUCCAACAACCGCGGCAACAACCCCGCCGACUCCGCUUUUGAUUUCACCACUGAUGAUUCUUUCGGCGGCGGUCUCAACGCUGACGAUGAUUCUACCUUCCGCCUCGUCGACGGCAAGCCUCCACCACGCCCUAAAUUCGGUCCUAAGUGGAGGUUCCAGAACAAUCGCAACCAGCUUCCACAGCGCCGUGACGAGGAGGUGGAGGCGCGUAAACGUGAAGCCGAGAAGCAAAGAGCUCGCCGUGAUCGGUUGUACCAUGCUAACCGAUCUGGAGGUAAUAACCCGAGACGCGAAGCGGCGGUUUUCAAGUCGUCCGUUGAUAUUCAACCGGAAUGGAACAUGCUUGAUCAAAUUCCUUUCUCGACAUUCACUAAACUUUCAUUCACUGUCCCUGAACCGGAAGAUUUACUUAUAUGUGGUUCACUAGAAUUUUACGAUAAAACCUACGACAGGACAACACCGAAGAACGAACGCCGAUUGGAGCGUUUCAAGAACAGGAAUUUCUUCAAAGUUACAACUACUGACGACCCAAUUAUUCGAAGGCUUGCUAAUGAAGAUCAAGCAACGGUAUUUGCGACGGAUUCUAUACUCUCGACUCUAAUGUGCGCACCUAGGUCUGUUUACUCUUGGGAUAUUGUAAUUCAACGUGUUGGAAACAAGUUGUUUUUUGAUAAACGAGAUGGAUCGCAGCUAGAUUUGCUAUCUGUUAACGAAACAUCUCAGGAGCCAUUGCCUGAGGCAAAAGAUGAUAUCAAUUCUGCUCAUUCUUUGUCUGUUGAAGCUGCUUACAUAAACCAAAACUUUUCACAGCAAGUUCUGCAAAGAGAUGGGAAAAAGGUUAGCUUUGAGGAACCUAAUCCUUUUGCCAACGAAGGAGAAGAAGUGGCCUCUGUUGGGUAUCGUUAUAGGCGGUGGAAGCUCGACAACAAUGUGUCUUUGGUGGCUAGGUGUGAGGUUCAGAGUGUUAUGGAGGUUAAUAAUCAGAAAUCUUUCUUGACUUUGAAUGCUUUGAAUGAGUUUGAUCCAAAGUAUUCAGGUGUGGAUUGGAGGAGGAAGCUGGAUACUCAACGAGGAGCAGUUUUAGCGACUGAACUGAAGAAUAAUGCUAAUAAGUUGGCAAAAUGGACCGCACAAGCAAUCUUGGCUAGUGCUGAUAUGAUGAAAUUGGGUUAUGUGACAAGGGUUCAUCCUCGUGAUCACUUUAAUCAUGUGAUAUUAGCUGUUGUUGGGUACAAGCCAAGGGAGUUUGCUGGGCAGAUCAAUUUGAAUACUUCAAAUAUGUGGGGAAUAGUGAAGGCGAUUGUGGAUUUGUGCAUGAAGUUGAAUGAAGGAAAGUAUGUGCUGGUGAAGGAUCCACAGAAGCCUCAAGUAAGGAUAUAUGAGGUUCCUGCUGAUGCGUUUGAGAAUGAUUAUGUGGAGGAGCCAUUGCCAGAGGAUGAACAGGUACAACCUCCUGUUGAAAAUGGUGAAGCUGUUGAAGAGAAAGGUGCUGCAAAUGAUGUGGAAGAAGACAAGGAAGUUAAAGUUGAAGCAUAAAAGGUUUCUAUUUGGAGUUCGAGUGGCAAAGGUUUCUUCUAUCCUGUUGGGCUUUCGCCCAAGUUUUCGCAUGAGGAUCUCAGAUUUUUGUUUGCUUUUCUUUCGUUCAUUAUCAUCAGCGUAUGUAAUGGAUUAGUUGUUUGUGAUUUUGGUGUUGUAGUAUUUUCUGGGUUUAGGAAUGGUCAAAGUUUUAAACCUUGUUGAUCUUCAUUUUUGGUGAGGAUGAUGGGUGUGUAGAAAGUCAUCUGAUUCAAUUAAAACUGAGAGCAUCUCCAAUAGUUAUG